GUGAGCAUUGCUGGACAAGAAUUAGUCCUGCCAGCUCCACUAUGCAUCUGUCUUCUGCCACUUAGCCCCAACACCCUCUUUUCCCUCCACUCGUUCCUGUAGAAUGUCUCUGCCUGCCUGCUUCUCUUGAUGGCACAAUGGUUGGCAGUCAUGAUCUCCCCGAAGUACCACGAUCCGAACCUGUUUUCCCUCCACCGUCGCAGGAGUUCCCUUCCUCUCCGCCGUCCAUAGUAUCAGAUGCUGGUGUCCGACGCAAACCCAAGAAACCUCCUCCUGUCACUCCACGGUCAUUCAAGAGAUUUUUCACACCUCGUUCCAUGCUCAAUGGAGGGAACGCUACUAGCGAUGUGAGGACGAAUCGACAGGCCUUGAAGGCUCUGAGUUCUCCUGCUGUCAAUCGCCUGGGACCGGCUUUUACAAGAACGCUAAAGGCUGUUGUGGCUAGGCCGGAGCCUUCGGAAACCCUUCGCACUCCUAGUCGGAAGCGGAAGUUCUCGUUUUCUUCGAUUGGCUCUCUUCAGUCAUCGCCUUUAAGAAAGGUCCGCAUGAGAACUCCAGUUCAAGAUGACGAAGAGGUGCAUGUCACAGUUCGCGACCUCGAUGUGAACACUGCGAUACGAACGAGCGAACCGAAGCCGCAUGUUAUCGCUAAACCGCUUCGUCAAGUAUCACCUGUUCGACGAUCGCAAGCAUUGCAGACGUCGGGACAAUUUUUCAUGCGGAGUGUCCUUGGUGCACGGGCGAGCCGGGUGACUAUUAGAUCUAAUUCUGGAGCUGAUUGGCAGGAUUUGACAUCGACAUUCUACUCGCGACCUUCUGACAGCCAUACCUGUGCUAGUUCUUCCGGGGAUCGUCUUGCUCUUCCCUUUUGUACCGCAUCUUGCAACACGAAUACUCUCGUUGCAGUAGGCGAUGAAGAAGGAGGUAUUCGACUGUUGGAUUCUGCUAAAUAUGACAAGAAUGGCUUUUCAAAAGCCUACCUUUCAUUUCGACCCCAUAUGAAUGCCAUUAUGGAUUUGGAGUUUUCAUCAGAUGAUAUGCUGCUCGCAACGGCCUCUGGAGACCAAACGGCCCUGGUCAUCGAUAUGACUACACAAAAACCGAUAUACUGUUUGUCGAACCAUGUUUCUUCCGUAAAACGGGUGCAAUUUCAACCAUCAGCCAACAACAAAGUCCUCGCAACUUGUAGUCGCGAUGGUAAUGUUAAUAUUUGGGAUCUUCGCUGCAAAGGCUUUGAGAAACCUGCCCUUCAAGUUCGAUGCUCGCUCGAAUCCGACUCUGAGUAUGCAGCUGCUCCCGUCGCCCCCAAGAUGACUUAUCCUCAGGUUCUAAACACAAUCCACGGUGCUCAUGCAUGGAUGCCUCAAACCCCCGCUUCUGAGAAGCUUGAGCCUCAACUUGGGCGCUCUGACAUCACUGUAACUUCCUUGGCCUUCCUUCCGCCUGGCCGCGAGAACCUAUUCGUCACAGCAUCUGAAGCCAAUGCCUGCGUCAGGCUAUGGGAUCUGCGGACAGCACAUAACAACCGCCGGGGAAGACCGGUCCUUCCUCUUUCGACUACACGAGAACCCGAUAGUCACAUUAAAUACAGACGCUUUGGACUCACUUCCAUGACAUUAGGCGGAGAUGGCUCGAGACUCUACACAUUAUGUCGCGAUGGUACUGUGUACGCUUAUUCGACGUCUCAUCUGAUCCUCGGACAUGCGCCGGAGCUCUCUCUAAACAAUGACCGCCCACGUCGUUCGGGAGGAUCCGACAAAGAGGGUCUCGGCCCCCUCUACGGUUUCCGUCAUCCUCGUUUGCAAGUUGCGUCAUUCUAUGUCAGGACAGCGGUGCGAAAGGCCACUGGUGAUAAGCCGGAAAUGCUGGCUGUUGGAAGCAGUGACCAGUGCGCUGUUCUAUUUCCCACCGAUGAACGAUUUCUUCAUUCCACUCCCAAACCGGCUCGUGAAGUUGAUCUUCCUCGGAACCCAAUGCACCUCACUCGCUCGGGUUUACGUCGUACAAAUUCUGGCUUGUCUGGGAAAUUGGAAGAUACUAUACCGAUAUACCAAUCCGGAACGCCCUUGAUCGAAGGUCAUAAGAAAGAGGUAUCGGCUGUGUCAUGGACUGUAGAUGGUGAGCUCAUCACAGUGAGCGAUGACUACAGUGCUAGGUGCUGGCGUGAGGGGCCCGACGCCAGGGACCUUCGGAUAGGUGGUGAGGUGGAAGGUAGACGAUGGCGGUGUGGUUGGGCUGCUACGAAAGGCUCAUAUGAUGAUGAAUGAUUUUCUUGCGAAGGCCACGGAUUGAUUGUUUUUAUUUUUUUGUUAUUCAAGCACUGGGGCGUCACGGCUUCAUUGUCAUUUAGCGGGCGUUUGAUUUUGUUUUAGAUGGUAUUGUGUGGCGUUUAUUAGAGAGUACGUGGCAUAGGGAAGGACGUACUUG